CUUGGGGGUUAUUAACUUUCAGCAUGUAUAAAGUAACCAACUAUAAACAAAUUUGUAUUAUAAGGUUUUUCUUAGCUGGAUUUGAAUCAUGCGUAUUUUCAGGUAUUCACUUAAUUCUUCUGAGAUGGUAUAAAAAGGAAGAAUUGGCUUUAAGAACAAGUUUCUUCGUAAUCUCUGGACAGCUCGGUAACCUCUUCAGUUCAACUUUACAAAGCGCUAUUUACACUAAUAUGGAUAAUUAUCGUGGGCUUGCUGGUUGGAGAUGGUUAUUCAUCAUUGAUUUUUUAAUUACUUUAUUUGUUGUUGCAUAUUUAUUAAUUUUUUUCAUUGAUUACCCUGAAAUCUGUCAUCCGUAUCUUUUCACAAAGGAGGAACUUGAAUUGGCCAAAUCUAGGUUGCCUCAAAGCCCCGAAACAAAAUUCGAUUGGACUGUAUUCAAAAGGGUUGUUGGUAGAUGGCAUUGGUGGUUAUUUUCAUUUCUUUGGGUUUUAGGUGGUGAAAAUGAAUCUUUUGCAACCAAUUCCUUAUUUUCUCUUUGGCUUCAAUAUUACAACUAUACGAUUCCGCAGAGAAACCAUUAUCCUAUGGGGAUUUAUGGUAUUGGGGCUUUUGUUAACGUGUUUUUUGCUUUUUAUAUUGACUAUACCGGUGCAAAAUAUCAUUGGAGAACUGGGAUUGUUAUUGCAAUAGUAAUGGUAAUCGCAUCUAUUCUAAUGUUGGCAAAACCUUAUACUGCAAGCUAUGUUUUCGCUGCGCAAUAUCUAGGUGGAGUGGCAUACGGUGGCCAAACCGUGUUCUUCGCUUGGGCCAAUAAUGUGUGUUUUGAUGAUCUUGAAGAAAGGGCUGUUGUUCUAGCUUCGAUGAACAUGUUCAGUAAUGCAGUUAACGCCUGGUGGCUGAUUUUGUUUUAUGCUGCUGACACUGUCCCUGAAUUCAAAAAGGGAAAUUAUGCCAUGUUAGCAACGGCUAUUGCUAGUGGUUUUGUCUGUGGAUUAAUCAGGUACUUACAAGUACGGGAUGAAAAACGAGCCCCUCUUGUCGACGCAGCCACCAAUGAAGUAAUGAAAGACCUGGACCUCGAGGAAUCGAUCGAGUCCGGCGAAAACCUAAAACACGAACCAAAUAUUGUUAGCGUGAGAACUCACUAUAGCUCAUAAAUAUAUAAUUAGGGUUUACAGAACCGU